GGAGAAAAAACCUAGUAAACCUGACAAAGCGUCUGAGGAGCGGAUCGAGGUCUGAGGAGGACUGAGGAGGACUGAGAGCAGAGAGAAAGACGCUCUUUACCGCGCGGGGGACGCACACUGAUGGAUUCUAGGACUUCUUGCCCCGGACCCCUCUCCUCUUCGACCUUCUAACCCUGUUUCAGAGUCUUUUAGAGUAUUUACAGGCUGCAGACUUCCCUCUGUGGCUGUCAGCGCGCUGCUCUGCUCGGAGCGCUGCUCUGCUCUGCGCCCUGGAACAAACUUGGUGACGGGGAGGAAAGUUUCUGGGGGGACAGCGCUGCGGGUUUCUGAGCUCAGUUUGGAGGAUUACGCGUCAAACUCGGAUUUCUUCACAUGGCAUGGGACCCACGCGUCCUGUCGGGGGUGGAUUAUAAUCUGUGAUCUGGUGUUUUGCUGAUCUGAUUGUGGAAUAAGUGAGGGGAGCUAAAAGAAGAGAAGGCAGCGCCUCGCAGAUUUUUUUUUUUUUUUGCUGCAUUGUGGAGUUGGAGACAUUCCUCCCUGUGGAUUCAGCUCUUCAUGCUCUCUCCUCCCUUAUCCGUGCAUGCCAAAAACAGAGAUCUCCACGAUUCGAGUCCUCCCUGCCCAGGUGAUUGGGUGAAUUCUGCUGAGUGACAGGCCGGCCCGGCAGCAGUUGAUGGUUGGGCGGACCCCCUCAGAUGGGAUCAGUGUCCAGGGGGAGGAGGAGAAGGGGGGUAUGGAGAGCGCUGGCCCCCACUAGCGGGAUGGCCUUGUGGGCCUGGCUGCUGGCCGCCGUCCUGCUGUCCCUGCUGACCGUCAGCGUGGCUCGGCCACCCCUCACCGCCACCAAGGAGGAGGAGGCCACUCUGCAACCUGAAGACGCAUCCAACAAAUACCAAAUAUCUAAGCCCACGGUGUGCUCAGUGCACCCGGGGGAGCUGCUGAAGCUGAGCUGCCCUCUGCCGCCUACGGGGACCAUCACCUGGACCAAAGACGGCAGCUCUCUGGGCACCAACAACCGCACGCUGAUAGAGCAGGAGGUGCUGCAGAUCCGUGACGCCACGCCCAAGGACUCGGGCCUGUACGCCUGCACCAGCGUGGGCAAAGACACGGUCUGCUUCAUAGUGAAUGUCACAGAUGCCAUCUCGUCGGGGGAUGACGAGGACGAUACAGAGCGAUCGGAGGACACGGGUGCAGACGGAGAGCAGAUGAGUGAGUAA